AUGCCGCCGCGACCCUUCCGUUGCCGCCUGCCCUCCCGGCCGCCGCGACCCUUUCUCGUCGCAGCCUGGCCCUCCUCGCCGCCGCGACCUGCUUCGUCACCGCCUGCCCUCCCAGCCGCCGCGACCUCUCCCGUCGUCGCCUGCCCUCUUCCGCCGCGCGACCUUGUGUCGCCGGCUGCGUGUCCCGCCGCCGCGACCUCUUUGUCGCCGGCUGCCUGUCCCGCCGCCGCGACCAUUUCGUCGCCGGCUGCCUGUCCCGCCGCCGCGACCUCUCGUCGCCGCCUGCCCUUUCCCUCUCCGCGGCCACUUUUUCGCCGCCUGCGGUUCCCGCCGCUACGACUGCAAGUCGUCGCCUGCACAUACCGCCGCCGCGAUCUCCGCCAUUUCCGCCGCAAAUCGUGUCGCCCGCGAUUUCCGCGGCCGCGACUUCACCAUCGCCGCCUCCCAUUCCCGCCGCCGCGACUGCACUUUGCCGCCUGCGCAUCCCUCCACCGCGACUCCCUUCCUCCCUCUCCCUUUCCUGCUGUGAUCGCGCCGUUUCCACCGCGACCACCUCGUCGCUGCCUGCUCACCCCGGCCCCGCGACCCUGUCCAGCGGCAGCAGCUACAGCAGCGGCAGCAGCAGCAGCAGCAGCAGCAGCAGCAGCAGCAACGGCAUCCCCGGCAGCCGCGGCAGCAGCGGCAGCCGUGCCAGCCGCACCUGCUACUGCGGACGCCACCUUCCUCCACAACCGCCGCGAAUACCUUAUCCGCAAGGCUGACCAUGAUGUUGCUGUGCUCAACUACGAAUUUGCAUCGUCAGAGCGUGCCACUCGCCUGGAGCUGAUUGCGGAGUACAACAUCUCCAUGGCGGUUUACGUCCCCAACAGCAUCGCCUGGGCUGCUGCCGACAACUGUGCUUGCACCAUCCUCCUCGGUGCACUCCCCGACGCCCUUAUGCGCCGCUUCCAAGCUCGCGAGAUGCGCGCUCACCUGAUUUGGACCGAGCUCCAGUCUAUGUUCGAGCGUCGCGACAUCAGCUCCAUCGGCGUUCUGUUCCAGGAGUACUUCUCCAUUACCCUUGCCACCUGCGACGGCGCAGUCGACUAUGUUGGGCGCAUGCAGGAGCUAGACGAUCGCCUUACUGCUCGCCAGGCUGCCCUUUCCGAGCCCCUGCAGAUCCAUCGUCUGCUCUUCAACCUCACGCCGGACUACGAGUCCCGCCUUCACGCCUUCACCGAGGCAAACCCCUUAGCUGGCCUCCCCGAAGUGACGUACCGCGCAACCAGGGUGGUCGCAACGGCGGCGAAGGGGGUCGUGGAGGGGGCGGAGGUGGCAGUCGAGGUAGUGGCGGUGGUGGCCGUGGUGGCCGUGGUGGUGGUGGUGGUGGUGGUGGUGGUGGUGGUGGUGGUGGUGGUGGUGGUGGUGGUGGUGGUGGUUCUGGUGGCCCCACUCCCGGAGGCUCCUCUAGUGCUAGUGGAGCUGUGA